AAGACACCGAAGAGUAGGAAAAAGUCAAAGUAACUCUUUUUAAAAUUUCAUUUUCUGUCUAAAAAUGAAAUACUUUUCAAACGCAUGUUUAUUUUGUAACAAUUUUAUUAAAAAGAAUGAAAAAGUUCAGGUACCAUUUUGUAGGAAACCAGUUGUGAGACUACCCUUUCCUUUAUGAUUACAAAAGAAGAAGAAAAAGAAAAAACAGUCUUCCAAGAAAGAAAAAACAAUUUCCAAAUUGUUGGUGAGCCGGGAUCUACCUUUGACGUAAACCUAUGGUCAGGCAUCGGAAUUUCUACUCACUUUUAUACGCAUUCGGGUUUCACUGGGACCAGACGACCUUCGCGUUUCUGUAGUAGAAUAAUUAAUUCUUCAGCCGAAGUCUCACACUAUCAAUCGAACUCACGUGAGAUAACAUCGCUCUCUCAUGCGAAGCCGCUAAGAAUUCGUCAAUUUUGGUGGAUUUGCGCUUCAAAGGAACUCUGUUCAACAGGCCAAAGCCAUAAUAGUCCAUAGGUGAAGCAUCAAGAAUCUUCGCAGAAAUAUAUUGAAAAGGUUCAUUUGCGUUUACUGUCUUUGAAAUCAAUCAACAUGGGAACCCCUCUGAAAAAUCUGACAAAUUCUCAGCUUUCAGCUUUAAAAGAGUUCAGAAGUAACCUAUCCGACCUCUUAGGACCGUAUGAUACAGAUGUCAUAUUAUUAAAAUGGCUUAGAGCAAGAAACUUUAACAUCAAAAAAGCAGAAAUAUACUUUAGAGAGUUUCAUGCAAUCUCUAAAUGUUACGAAUUGGAUACUUUGUAUGACAGUUACACAAAACCCGAGGUAGCAGAAAAGCACGAAUAUACCGCAUUUCUAGGUUAUGCAAAAGACGGUUCAGUCGUGCGUUACAAUCCAGUAGGACUGGGAGAUCACAUAGGUCUCCUUAAUUGCAUAUCUACGUACGACUGCAUGGUGUAUGCCUGUUCUUUUGUGCAAGAAGAUUUAGUUCGACAAAGGAAGGAGAAUGCGAGGACGGGGAAAGAUAUUAAUGAAAUUACGUACAUCUUCGAUUUGGAAGGUCUUUCGAUUCAAGAUCUUUUACACAAAAGUGUUCUUGAAAUGGCAUUGGACAUGGGAGCCAUGGUACAAGACUACUACCCGGAAAUUUGGGGCAAUGUUUUUUUCAUUAACGUUCCAUCUUUCUUCGACGUCGCUUACAACUUAUUCAAACCUAUUUUACGUAUGCAGGUUAUUCAAAAGCUGAAAAUAGUAUCCAGGGAAAAUGUUCCUCAAACACUGCUGAGAUAUAUCGAUGAAGAUGUCCUACCUGCUUUUCUUGGAGGUAAACGAGUUGAUUGCAAUGGAAAUCCGAAAUGCACAGAGUUCCUGAGGUUUGGAGGUAAGAUACCUGAAAAGUAUUACAUCACAAAUCGAGCUCCUCUAUCACCAGAAGACUCAGGCGUCACUUCUCUGUGGAUUCCGGCCAGAGGAGUUUAUAACCACUGUUUGGUGGUUCGAAAACCUGGAGCUAGAUUUCACGUUCAAUAUCACACUGAAAAUGGAAGUAUUCAUGUGAGAAAAUUUUACAGGAAAAUAACGGACUUUGAAAACCCCGAUAUUCCUACUUCAGAUGAAUAUUUAGAUGAAAGAGAUGAAAAAACCAACGUUCUACUCAUCAGUCCAGGCAUGAGGGUACAAUCUCAUUUAGUUCCAUUGGAUUAUACUAACUUCGUAGCUCCUUGGGCCGGUGUAUAUAUUUUCCGGUUUAGUAAUAGCCACAGCUGGUUUGGGGCAAGAAAGCUUACUUUUCGAAUACGUCUCCUGGAAUCCGAUCUAUGAUUGUGCUAUUAUAUAUAUUUUUUUAUUUAAGAAAAGUAUUAAGUCAGUGUGAAAUAUAUACUUAAUCAUAUUAUAUUGAAACGUGCUCAUAUAUUGCAAUACUUUUUUAUCAUAUUAGUAGCAGAAGACUAUGUUAUAAGCCAAAGUUCUAUGCAGGUAAUAACAAAGAAAGUACAAUCUACUUCAUUCACACAGAAGGACUGAAAUAAUGAAUGAAACCAAGCAACCAUUAAAUGAUGAAAUUUCCAUAACGACUUUCAGAAUUUGUUAGCAAACUGUACACAAUGAUUAAAAUAAAAGUGGAUAGUGAUUCUGAUAAAUUCUUAAUGAUUCAUUUUUGUAAGCCUUGUAAAACUAAAAGCAAACUUCAAUUUAACGCUAUCAAUCGAAUUUCUUUCAACUAGUCAUCUAUCUUGUGAUGUUAACGAUAGAUGGCAGCACGAAUUGAAAUUCUAUUUUUGUGCAUGCUUUUGUGCUGUUCGUCAGUGUGAAUACAGAACUCGAUGUUUUAUAAAAAUAUUUUUUGUAUUCUAUUUUAUCAAAUAAAUAUGUAUAAUAUUU